GAAGGCUUCAGAUUCUAUCGGAAGGUGAGCAAGUCUACUCUGCUGAAAUCUUCCCGGUCGUUGCGUACGAUAGACACAAAAGAUGACGGUUUUCGACAACAAAUACUUAGACAUUCGUAAGAUUCUUUUGAUACUAUUCUUAUUGGAGUUGUGUUCAUUCUCUAUUGCUGCUCUGAGUUAUGAAUGCCCAGAACCUGUCGAUAUUUUCCCUUGUUAUUGUGAAGAUGAAGAUGACGACCCUUGGAUAUUUUGCAACCACUUAACGAAGCCGGAUGAAAUUUACCAGGGAGUCAAAGGUCUUAAGGAGUACAAAAUCUAUAAAAUGUCUUUUUUCAUGAACUGGAUUCUAGAUGCAAUCAAAUCUGAUGCGUUUGAUGGGCUGGCCGUUGAAAGAAUCUUAUUUGAAAAUUCAACUAUCACACUUUCAGCUCCUCAGUUCAAGGGAAUGGAAAGCCACUUGACGUCAAUUGAGCUCAGGGCAUGCUUCAAUAAAAGCAACCCUCUUGGAACUUGGUCAUUGGGCCAUCUAAGCAAACUGAGAGAAGUAGUGUUGGUAAAGAAUAGGAUUGUCAACCUUCCUGAUGAUUGGCUCACAAGUAUACCAGAUUCUUUACGGUCAAUUACAAUUGAAGACAACAGUAUUGUUACCAUGGGAGAUCAAGUAUUUUCUAAAAUCCCACAUCUCACGUUUUUGGUGCUGGAAGGUAAUAGGAUAUCUUUUUUGAAAAGAUCUAUGCUUCCGAAACCAGCUUCUGAUCUAAGAUCGUUAAACCUCAAUUCAAAUCGUCUACUGUACUUGCCCGAUGAUCUUUUUACGGAAAUGCCGAAUUUGAGAACCCUGGAGCUGGCAAAUAACAGACUCAUCACAAUAAGUGAAGGCACUUUUUCGGAUAUUAUAUCACAGCUGCUGAAGCUUGAUUUCAUAGGAAAUCCUCUGAAAUGUGAUAGCAACUUAAAAUGGAUGUAUUCUGGUACGAGAAGACCUGCUCUUCUGGAAGGACAUUGCACAGAACCAGACAAAUUGAAAAAUAAACCUCUUUUCGACCUAAAACUUGAAGAUUUUGAAUAAAAUA